GCUGACAAAUCUCGAUACUCCUCCCCAAAAAAAGAGCUGUUAAUAAUCUCUCGCGUUAUUCUCAAGCGGCUCCAUAUUUCUCUCUGCGCACACUCUCUAUCCACCUUUUCGCCAGAUCUACCGUUCUCGGGGAUCUAAAGUACUAAAUAGAAAUGGGGCUGACAUUCACAAAGCUUUUUAGCCGGCUAUUCGCCAAGAAGGAAAUGCGCAUUCUGAUGGUUGGUCUCGAUGCGGCUGGUAAGACCACCAUCCUCUACAAGCUCAAGCUUGGAGAAAUCGUCACCACUAUUCCUACCAUCGGUUUCAAUGUGGAGACUGUCGAAUACAAGAACAUUAGCUUCACCGUUUGGGAUGUCGGGGGUCAGGACAAGAUCCGUCCAUUGUGGAGGCACUACUUCCAAAACACCCAGGGUCUCAUAUUCGUGGUGGAUAGCAACGAUAGGGAUCGUGUUGUUGAGGCAAGGGAUGAAUUGCACAGGAUGUUGAAUGAGGACGAGCUGAGAGAUGCCGUUUUGCUCGUGUUUGCUAACAAACAAGAUCUUCCCAAUGCAAUGAACGCUGCUGAAAUUACUGACAAGCUUGGUCUGCACUCACUCAGGCAGCGUCACUGGUACAUCCAGAGCACCUGUGCUACCUCCGGUGAGGGGCUAUACGAGGGGCUGGAUUGGCUAUCGAACAAUAUUGCUAACAAGGCGUAAGUUCUCGUGGAGUUGUUUCGAAGAUUCUGGGUGCAGAUUGGUUUUUAUCUAGUUUUAUAUACUAGUCUGUGUGACUAUGUUUUCUUUUUUUAAUUUUUUGAUGAAGUGUUUUUUUUUUUUUUUUUUUCUUUUUUUGUUUAGGACCUUUCAAAUGGCUUUGUAAAACACACUGGUUUGUUUCAUAUAUUUGCAAAACACUUUGCUAGUUUUUGUUUAUGUAAUGCCUAUAUAUCCAUUCAUGUAACACUAGCUUCAUUUUAAUCUUGUUCCCGUU